CAUGUGCCACUGGUUAGUGACUCGGUGAAAGUGCCCAAGAAAGCAAGUCAUAAGAAAAAGAAAGUUGAAUUUGAUUUAUUCCCCGAUUUCAUUCCAGCAAAACGUCCAAAAGAGUAUUACACCUCAACAACCAAACACAAAGCGAAAGACCGAUGUCCCUGGGAAAGCCCCAAAAGUGGCAAUCACAUAAGCUUUUCUGGGACUCAUCCACAAGGAAUGGGAGAAGAAAACGGAACAGGGCACCGAGAGGACAACACUCAAAGUGAUGCUGAAGAUACCAACAGUGAGGACCUUUUCUUAACUCAGAGGAAAUUCAGAGUACUGCCACCUUCUGAUCACUCCAGCAGUGGAGGCAAUAGUGAAGCCAAUGCCACAACAGCGUCCAGAUACACCAGUUCACCUCUACAGCCAAAAGAGGGGCCACUGUUCUCAAAAUCUAAAUCCGAGGAAGGCACUCAAACAGAGAACUUCUUUACCUCAGAGAUCUCCACAUUCCUAAGGUUUCACCAGUUGUCUGGAGUUGCAGAGUGCUCAGAGCAACCUACCGACCUAAGUCUACCUAGCAGGAUGAGAGCUGAGCAUAGCAUGCAUUCCCUACCCUCUUCUACACAGGUCAAAGAUGAGGGAACCAGCCCCCCACUAGGCCAGAAGUCAACCGACACAUCCAAUGAAAGGCGAUGGACAGUACCCAAGACCUCAGUCUCCCUUGAUGAAGAUAACACAGUCCCUUAACGGGAAGAAGAUGAAAAAGUAAGACC